AUGAAGAUGGAUCGGUAUCCCGUCCAGCAUGGGGAGGUCCAAAAACAAGCGCUUCGCGAUUCGUUGAUAGCAAAGAAGGAAGCUGCAGCGAAGGAGGAAAAGGCAGAGAAACAAGAACAGCAGAGACCUGCACUACGCAGAAACACAAACGAUUUGUUACGAGCGCUCGAUGCGCCUGGAACGGGGCGACGCUCCGCUUCGUUACGGGAGCGCCAGCCGGAGAAGAAUGUUGAUGUGAAUUCCAGCAGACCAGCGAAAAACCUUCGAUGGACCGACUGGGAUUGCCCAAGAUGCCAAUACUUUUGUUUCGGGAGAAACAUGAACUGUCCACGCUGUAAUGCCCCAAGACCGAUAGCGGACACGCCAGCUCCGAAGUCACCUCGUCAGCUAAAACAAGAGGAGAACGCCUCAAAGAUUCGGAGGCUGGGCAAGUCGUUGCAGUCAGAAUAUGGAACCCAAAGCACAGAACGCCGUCCCAGGGAGGCAAGCGCAAAGGAGGGAUCUAACAGAGACCGGGCGUUUGAGCGAUACCUAGCGAACAAAGGACGCAAGACCGAGUAUCCACCUGCACCAACUGAACAAAAGACGCAGUCAAUGGCGGAACAGCAAAAUUCGGAUGCUGGAGAUGUGGGUUCAGAGACCCGCGGUGUCGACCGCCAAGCUUCUGGAGAAGUUAGCAAAUCAUCCAAACAGGAGGCAGACCCAUGGACAUGGGACCAGUCAGCCCUGGAGAAACUUCAACAGGCAUAUGAGGCGGAAGGUCAGAGUGGGCAAAAGCCGAAGCGGUGGGAAGGUCGCAAGCAACGAGAAGAUGAUAUUGAGGACGAGGAAUUUGACCCAGAAGACGACCGCCGCCGUCGCCGCGAGGAACGUAAGCGCCAGAAGAAAGAGAAGGCCCGGCAGAAGGAGCUCGAGGCGAUGGCUCCCAGCCCUCUUUACCUUCCGGAAUUCAUCAGCAUCAGCAACCUUGCUGAUGUCAUUGGUGUGCGACCGGCACUAUUUAUUCGGAGGAUGGAAGAAAUGGGAUUUGAAGAUGUCUCGUACAGCCAUAUUCUCGAUGCUGAAACGGCAGGCUUGAUCGCGAGCGAGUACAACUUUGAGCCUAUCUUCGAGACCGAAGAUCAGGACCUGGUUGCUGCUCCCGAGCCAGAAGACAAGUCCAUUUUGCCGCAUAGGCCACCCGUAGUGACGAUUAUGGGUCACGUCGAUCACGGCAAAACCACUAUUCUGGACUGGCUGCGAAAGUCGUCUGUCGCCGCAUCGGAGCACGGGGGUAUCACACAGCACAUCGGUGCAUUCUCCGUAGCUAUGCCUUCGGGCAAGACUAUCACCUUCUUGGACACACCUGGCCAUGCAGCGUUCCUGGAUAUGCGUCGUCGCGGUGCGAAUGUAACCGACAUCGUCGUGCUGGUGGUUGCUGCGGACGACAGUGUCAAACCACAGACUAUUGAGGCCAUCAAGCACGCGAGAGAAUCCAACGUUCCCAUCAUUGUCGCUAUCAGCAAGAUCGACAAAGAAGGUAUCAACCCAGAAAAGGUCAAGCAAGACCUGUCCCUACAUGGUGUCCACGUGGAGGACUACGGGGGCGAUGUCCAGGCUAUCGGGGUGAGCGGGAAAACGGGCCAGGGAAUGUUGGAACUCGAGGAGGCUAUCGUCACCCUCUCCGAAGUUCUUGACCAUCGAGCCGACGACGCUGGAGCGGUGGAGGGCUGGGUGAUUGAAGCUACAACGAAGAGCUAUGGACGUGUUGCGACGGCUCUCAUCAGACGUGGGACUCUGCGACCGGGUGAAAUUAUCGUUGCUGGUACAACGUGGGCUCGUGUUCGCACGCUUCGCAAUGAAGCCGGGGUCGCCGUCUCCGAGGCUACUCCCGGCAUGCCGGUGGAAAUUGAUGGUUGGAGGGAGCAGCCCUCCGCCGGUACCGAGAUUCUUCAGGCAGAGGACGAGCAGCAUGCCAAGGACGUUGUGGAGUACCGCCAGGAGAAGUCAGAGACUCAGAGAUUGAGUGAGGACACAUCGGCCAUCAACGAAGCGCGUCGAGAACAGCAGGAAAAGCGACGGCAAGAGGAGAACGAAGGGGAGGAAGCUUUGGAUGGCGACCAGCAGGCAUCCGGACCCAAACCAGUGCAUUUCAUCAUCAAGGCCGAUGUUGGCGGUUCUGCGGAGGCGGUGCUCAACUCGGUGACGGCCAUUGGCAACAACGAAGUCUACGCCAAUGUGCUUCGCUCCGAGGUUGGACCCAUCAGUGAGUUUGACAUUGAGCAUGCGGCCACAGCAAGCGGCAACAUCAUCUCUUUCAAUAUGCCGAUCGACCCUGCCAUGUCCCGAAUGGCGGAACUGCGGGGGGUCAAAAUCAUGGAUCACAACAUCAUCUACAAGCUCAUGGAUGAAGUCAAGGCGACGCUCAGUGAGCAACUGGCGCCAUCGGUCAAACAGCGUGUCACGGGUGAAGCAGAAGUUGGUCAGAUCUUUGAGAUCACCCUCAAGGGAAGAGAGAAGGUUGCUAUUGCGGGAUGCAAAGUCCGUAAUGGUGUGAUCAACCGGGCUAGGAAGGUUCGAGUGUUGAGGGGACAGGACACGAUCUAUGAUGGCUCGAUUGCAUCGCUGAAGAACGUCAAGAAGGACGUGACCGAAAUGCGCAAAGACACGGAAUGUGGUAUCGGCUUCGAAGGCUGGACCGACUUUGCUGUUGGUGAUCACAUCCAGUGCUACGAAGAGAUCUAUGAGAAGAGAUAUCUCUAA